UUUUUUUUAAUCUCUCCCUCUAUAAUCGUCUCUUCUCCAGAUACAAAUUUCUUUUCAGAUUCUUCUCUUUAACCAAGCUUUCAGUAGUUUAUAUAUAUUCCUACUGUCAGUAUAUCCGGUAUAUAUUAAUCCUCCUCCUUUCUCCUUCGUCUCGUUGUUGGUAUUAGAGUGGUGGAUAGUGGUCGUAGAUGGAUGGUUCAGGGGGAGGUUCGUGGUUGCGGGGGCGGCGGCUGGAGAGCUGCUUGGAAGCGAGCGUCUGGUCGAGGGGACCGGCGAAGCCCCGACCGGAAGAUGCGGUCGGGCAGCGGAGUCCCAGGCCAGCUGCCGCGGCUGACUUCGUGGAUGAUGAUAGAUGGAUAACUGUGAUCCUGUCGGUGGUUAGGAUUGUCGUUUGCUUUCUGUCGAUGGCGGUUACCACGGCCUUGUGGGCCGUGAUCAUGCUGCUGCUGCUCCCUUGGCCGUAUGCUCGGAUUAGGCAGGGGAACUUGUAUGGGCAUGUUACGGGGAGGAUGCUGAUGUGGAUUUUAGGGAACCCAAUAACAAUAGAAGGCUCUGAAUUCUCUAACACAAGGGCUAUCUACAUCUGUAAUCAUGCAUCACCUUUAGACAUUUUUCUUGUUAUGUGGUUGACUCCAACGGGUACUGUUGGCAUAGCUAAAAAAGAGAUCAUUUGGUAUCCACUCUUUGGACAGCUCUAUGUGUUGGCAAACCAUCUCCGAAUAGAUCGUUCCAACCCCACUGCUGCCAUUGAAUCAAUUAAAGAGGUAGCUCGUGCGGUAGUCCAGAAAAAUUUAUCGCUGAUCAUUUUUCCAGAGGGUACUCGAUCAAAAACAGGAAGGCUGCUCCCAUUUAAGAAGGGUUUUGUUCACAUAGCACUUCAGACAAGGUUGCCGAUAGUUCCAAUGGUGCUGACAGGUACUCACCUAGCUUGGAGGAAGAACAGUUUGCGAGUCAGACCAGCACCUCUCACUGUGAAAUACCUCCCACCCAUAAAAACUGACGAUUGGGAAGCAGAAAAGAUGGACGAUUAUGUAGAAAUGAUACAUGCCUUGUUUGUGGAUCACCUGCCUGAGUCUCAAAAACCUUUGGUAUCAGAUGGGAGAGAUGUCAGCAGAAGGUCAAAUUCAUAAAUAUUGGUCUCCUCCAUGAAUUAUGUUGGUUAUUAUAUGCUGUAAAGUAAUAAACAUUGUUGUAAAUUUAGAAAUAUAUCUGCGCCUUCCUUUUUUUCCUGGGUAUUGAAAUUUGAAUACUUCAUUGUGUACGGUUGGCAGCCAGCAGCAAUAAAUGUGAUCCAGAUCAAAGCUUCCAUUUGAAGGAGAAGACCAUGCGAUCAUGUUUCUUGUGGAGGUUGGGUUAGCAUCUUGGAUAGAAUUUUCAAUGUAAGAGAUCGCAUGAGACUCAUCAUUCUCUUUUAUAGCAUAGGUGCAACUUAACCAUGAUGUCUUGUCUUCAGCCAUGGAGCCAUCUUUAUGCGCCAAUCUGUGUCUUUGCAACUUGUAAGCUUUUCAUAGUUCUGAUCAAUGUUAUUGAACACAAGAUACGGUAAAACAUUAGGUAUUCCUGCUGACUUCUUUAUCAGCAUGAAUAUCAUAAUUUUAUAAGCUUUUCCUAU